CACCAACACUCAACCUCUCUCUCUCCUGCAGGACAGACGGUGCAGAUCGCCCCGACAUUGAGCUGGUGUUGAACCAAGUUUAAACUGAAACAAACAGACACUCUGAAACCAGAAACUGCUCUGACCUGCCUAUCGGGGAUCACAAAUGUUUCUUUAAAGUUGGAUUUUAAUCAGUGAAACAACCAAAGAGAAUAAAUCCUCGAACAGGACCGGAAACUGGACUGGACUUGAUCUUAGACUCUGACCAGGAACUAGAACCAGUUCCUGUUCCUGAUCCUGAUCUAACCAGAUCCUGAUCCUGAUACUGACCUAGAAUCUUCAGAGGUCCCAUCAGAAUCAAACAUCAGAUACUCUGAUAAACAGAAACUAGAAACUAUGAGCACUGUCCUGAAUCACAGAGGAGGAGGAGGAGGAGGAGGAGGGAGGGAGUUCUUCCUCAGCGCUCACCGCUGCCCAGAAGUCGACCUGCUGCCUCAUCAUGACUCUGAGACACAAUUUCCUCCACCGUGUCCACUAAUUCCUGCUGAGAAGAUCUCUGAGUUGCCCUGUACAAGUCAGUCUGAGGCAAAUUACCUGGACAUCUCCUCCACCCGUUGCUCUGUGGAAGAGGCGGAGGAGGAAGAGGGGAGUAUCAGUGACUGGUCGGAGGAAGAUCUUUCUCUCCACUUCUCUCCUUCAGUCAUCCUCCCAUCAGAUGAUGAAGAGUCAGAUCUAGAGAUUGGUUUCAAGUGUGUUGACAUUAAUGUGGAACCACUGGUGAAAGGUCAGGAGGGGGGGGGUUUAAAGAUGGUCCCAAAACGACAGAUUCAACUGAAGAGGAAAGACGCUAAGAACAUCAUUAACCAGGAGAAACCUAAGAAACUACAGGAUGGACCUGCUGAAGAGGGAGUUGCUAACUGUGAAGUGUCAGCCAAUGAGUUGCUCCGUCCCACCGUCCUUCACCGCCCUGAUCUGUUGCUACGGCAACAUAGUAUGCCCGCCUCCCUACACACACGCUCAACGACCAGCAGUGAUGCCGACAGCUACAGGAUCUACAGGGGCCUGGUUGCUGGGGCCAGUCAAGGCUUUCAGGUUGGAGAAAACUCGCGGCAGCGACUGCAGAAGUCCUUCUCUUUGGACGAAACUAAGACAAAGAUGGCAUCCUGCAUCAUUAAGAGUGUUCUGUCAAAGAAAAUGUUGGUGGAGCAAAACAACUCUAAAACCUCGUAUCUGCAGAGGAAACCUGCUGUGUUACCCAGCCUCCCACAGCCCGCAGACCAGCAGAGGGUGAGGGAGGGGGGAGGAGGUAAGAUGGGUGGAGGUGUGUUUAAAGGUCCAGUUCAUGUGGUGAGGGACAUGAGGAGUUUAGUUAAAAACACAUACAGCCUCCCGUUCUCCACAGCUCCAACAACAACAACAACUGAGAACAACAAGCCAGCAAACUUUAAGGUGAUUGGUCAGCAGGACAGUCCCCCCCCCACCUAUCAGCAGGCUGUGGGGGUCCAAGAUUAUGAUGAAACAAAGAGGAGCUGUCAAGCCUCUGGAAGACAUGUCACCAAAGUCACAGCAUCUCUCAGCCAAUCACAGGACAGGAAACAGAGCAACAGAUUCAGUCAUCCAAUCACACAGCAGAGACGAGGCAGCGAUCCAAUAAUAAGCAGAAGAAGAGUGGAUGAUGUCACCUGGCCUGUCAUGUUGUCAGAUCCGCCCACCAACUCAUGUGUCAGCAGUGACUUUUCAGAGCUCAGCCAAUCAGAGAGAGCCCCGUCCUGCCUUUCUGUGUUGAUGCAUCCUCCCCCUCAGCCCGCCUCCACCUCCAGACACCUCCAGGGGACUCCAUCUUUGCUUUCUGCCCAGGAACAGAGCUCCAUUCUGGGUGUACCCUCUCAGUUUGCCCUGAAUUCCUCCCAGCAGAUCCUCCAUUCCUGUUUCUACACCUCCACUGCCCUACCUGCCUUCCCCCUCACCUUGCACCCUCACCUGGGUAAGGUCAGCUACGUGCACAGCCCCCUGAGCUACAUGGAGACCCAGCUGCAGCCCCCGCAACCUGUCCCCACCCUCCACCUGCCGAGUAGGUCUGAGGAGAACCAGAGUGGGUCAACUGGAAACUCCUUCGACCAGCAAGACUGCUUCAUCAAGACCUGCCCACCUCACCAGACCAGGACAGCAGGAGACCAGCAGGGCAACUGCAACACAGUGACACCUGCAACACAGGAGCAACAUGAGCAACAGCAACGUCAGCAGCAGCACUUUGUGUACGGUGUUCAGGGUUUCUCACCUGCUCAGGUGGGUAAUGACUUUGUUGUUGAUGUCACAGGUUCUUCUGCAGCACCUGGGGCCCUCCUCAGUGGCCCCUCCCUCUGUCACAUGAUGUUAAAAAAUCCUAAAAGUGUGGGGUGCUUCUAUGUGGACACGCCCCCGAAGGCUCAGAGGAAGAUGCUGCUGGAUCCAGAAACCGGUCAGUACGUCUGGGUGUUCCUACCUGCAGCCCGCACCACCCCCAACACCGCCGUGUUCCCAGUGCGCUUUGCAAACCCUGCCCCCUUUGUGAUAAACCACACCCCUUCCACCACAAACCCUGCCAUCCUAUCAAUGAUGCAGUUCCAGCCAACGGUUGCUGUGUCCUCCCUGUACGCUGCCCCAUGUCUGCCCUUCACUCUACACACACCAUCGGUCAACUUCACACAUACAGCACCGUGAUGACAUCACAGCCCAUAGGAUGACACACCUGUGUCUUUCAGAAAAUUUUAAUUCAAUCUGAGUGGAGCAAACAAACACUUUUUUUUUAUUAUUGUAAAAAUUCUACCUUUAGUGAUCAUAAUCAGACUCUUAUUGUGAAAGUCUCCUCUCAGUCAUCAUAAAAUGACUCUUAUUAUUGUAUUUGUAGUUGGAAGUUUUCAGAGUUUGAUCACACUAGCAUGGUGUGGACGUCAGAGGAACUGCAGCUCAGAUCAUCAAAACAUUUUGAUAAAAUAUAAAAUAAAAUAACUUUAAUAUAAAAUUAUUAACUAUAUGGAAGUAAACAAAAUGUAAUUUGGUAGAAAACCUGUAGUAAUUGAGUAUUAUUAGUAUUAAUGAGCAUGUGUGUAAUUACUCUCUUUGAUUAUCUGUAACUGCAGUUAGAUUAAUGGGUUAACAUUAUAUUAGAGUUUUAUUUAUUCUUAUUUAUGUUAUAUAAAUUACGGACAAUUAUUAGUCUGCUCUUUCAUUUAGAUCACUGGUUCUCGAACUAUGGUGGUACGCAAGCUGCCUCCAGUGGGAUAUGAAGGAAAAAAAUAAAAUAAUUAAAAAAUAUAUAACACGAUCAAAAUAUUACACAAUUUCAAAUUACAAUUUUUAAUUCAAACUUACAUUUAGUUUCAAUGUCAGCCUGUAGUAGUUGUAGUCUCAUUUAUUAACGUAGCGCUCAUAUUUCCGUGAUUAGUACAGAGCUUUAAUGUUAUGUAAGAUAGUGGGCGGAGGUAAAAUUAAUGAUUCAGAAACAAUCGUGGCUCCAAACUGGAACUAUUGGGAAGAGAAGAGCCAUUUUACACCACACUAGCUCUGGUUCUUGAACUGGUUCAGUCAACAAUCAAUACAAGGACUGCGUGAACUGUCUGUAGCUGAAAGGGCCACACUUUGGUAUUGAACCCGGGCUGCUGUUGUACAUGAGGUGCACGCUCUAGCAGGUGAGCUACCUGGGCGCCUGUACUGAUAUUUGUUUAUUCAUAAAUCAUUUAUUGUGUGUUAUUUGAGUUAGCGCUGCUUUGUCUACAGAGAAAUACUGAUUCAGAAUUAUUCGGUAUGACUUUAUUUUACCUCAGAUUGUUUUGGGGCUGUUUGAUUUGUUUUCUGUUUGUAAAUAAAGUUUACAACCCGAAUAAGACACACAAGGAGCAGAUACCAUGAAAUUUACUUUAUUGUUUUAGUUCUCUGUGACAUACUUUUUUCAAAGUUAAAAAAAUGCAAAAUAAAUCAUUAUUUAAAUUAAAACCUUUAUUUGAUUGCAGAACACCUAAACUUCACUUAAUCUAAAAAUGACUCAUACAUACAUAUUCAUUAUUUUAAUAAUAAUUAUGUUAUUAUUAUUGUUGUUGUUAUUAUUUAGAUUAUCUAUAUAAUAAAAGGUUUUCAGCCUCACUUGUUGUGAAGAGAGAAAAUAUCAAUAAUAUUUCAAAUGUGCUGCCGUCAUUCAUUUUAAUGAAAAUAAUGUUUUUUUGUCACUUUUUGCAAAAUUUUCUGACAUUUGACAUUUUUCACCAUGUUGGUCUUACACUUGUAAUAAUAAAAAUAUGAUUUAUU